CCUUAGAGUAAUCCCAGGGUGUCCAACACGCUAUAAAACAUUACAGAAGAAUAGAACUCCAACUCUCUCUGUCUUUGUUUCUCUGAGUGAUUCUCUCUUAAAAAAAAAAAAACUGAUUCUUUCUUCCGAGAGAGGUAAAACUUAACAGCCCAAGAUUCCGUUGCUUUAAUGUAAAUCUGGCUUCAAGAUUAUUGCUUCAAGGCAGAAUAGUUGGUGCCAAGUGCUUAGGAAUUUUUAAGUGAAUUUUAUGGCUGUGGCUUUUACCAAUCUCUCAUGGUGGUUGUGGAGUGGGAAACAAGAAGAGCCUAGAAUCUCCAAUGGGUCUUCGAUGAAUCCUUCAUCUGAUUCAAGUAUGUGGGAAUCUGAUGCUCUGAAAUUCCCUUUGGUUAAAGGGACCAAAAUGUCCUUCUCAUCAAGAAGGAUGAAGCGCAAAUGGCAUAGUCGGGAAGAGCGGAAAAUUGAUAGGGAAUAUGAUGUUGUUAUUGUGCCAUCUGAUGGGGAAUGUGUUUCAGGUUCAGAGUCUGAUGAUUCAGAUUGGUCAAUUGGAUGGUUAGAGCCUCAUGGACCUGGGUUUCAGAGUGAUGAUGAUGAUCCUGAUGACAGUUUUGCCGUGCUGGUUCCAUGCUAUGGUCAUGGAUAUCAUGAUACGGUGGAGAACUCGAAGAACAAUAUCUUGAGCACUGUUAUGAACAUCCCACAUAGUUAUAUAGAUGAAAGUGAGAAAUUCAUGGAGCAGUGGCUCUCUUCUCUUCGAAGCAGCUGAGAUCCAGGACUUGCUGGCGAUUACAUUUGGUACUUCUCAUGCUGCUUUUGUAAACAAUUCUACAUUUUGUAUAUAGUAGAAGAAACAAAAAUUAAAAAGAAAAAAAAGUUAUAAAAAAAAAAAAAAAAGGAAAAGGAGAAUAUGUAGUUUGAAGUUUCUACUAGAAAGGAUUGGCUCAGACGAAUAGCAAUGGCGAAGGAUGAGGGAUGGAUGGUUUUCCCAGUAGAAGAAACAAAAAUUAAAAAGAAAAAAAGGUUAUAAAAAAAAAAAGAAAAAAAAAAAAAGGAAAAGGAGAAUAUGUAGUUUGGAGUUUCUACUAGAAAGGAUUGGCUCAGACGAAUAGCAAUGGCGAAGGAUGAGGGAUGGAUGGUUUUCCCAGUGUUGGGAGGGGACUUACUUUCUCACUAUUUCUAUCUGGGUUGACUGGGAAGGAAAGACCUGCUGCUAUUAAGAUUUGAGGGUGUAUAUAAUCUCUGUGAUAUAAUUGUAACGAGUGUUUAGCCAUAAAAAAAUAGAAAAAAGAGAAGGAAAAAAAACAAGGUGAGUUAACUAGGAAAUUUUUAAGAAUGUGAAGCCCAAAAUUGGGUUAAAGUGACAGAGGUGUAUGAGUGUGUGCUGCAAUUCUUUGAUGUAUAAAUGUCUGUACAUAUGGGAAAUAGUAUUAUGUUUGAUUCUAAUGUAAAUAUUUUGUGAAAUACUAAGAUGACCUCUCUCUCUC